AGAAUAACAUUUCAAAAUUGUUAUAAUCGUUGUUUGUAGUGGAGUUUAUGUUUUGAUUCAAAUAGAACUGUCGUCGCUUCUAGCGGAUGUUAAGUAAUACACGUGAAAUGCUCCUAGAACUUUUUAUACUGAGCGUGGCAGUAUCAUUUUCAGAUGGAGGGUCAUACAUAGCUACAUUUCCGGACUCAUUGAUUCCGGGAGUUAAUCUAGAUGUUAGGAUAACUGUCCUUGGAGCAUCCGGAACAGUUAACACUGUAGCGUCCUUACACUAUGCCCAAAACAAUUCGGAAAUAUCGUCUACCGCAAAGCAAGUUGCAAACGGUGUUCCGAGUACUUUGGCUAUAAAGGUACCUGCUGGUUUGUCAUUGUCCCAAUAUAUGGUAUCUAUAAGCGGAUCUGGGGGAUUGACUUUCAAGAACGAAUCAAAAGUCAAUUACGAAGCGAAUAACCUGUUUUUGUUCCUACAAACUGAUAAGACACGCUAUUCAGCCGGACAAGAAGUAAAGUAUCGUGCUAUACUACUUCACCCAAACUUGCUCGGUUAUAAGGGACCUCUCACAAUAACUGUCUUUGAUGGCAAAAGCAACAAGAUUGAUGUCAUUGAUCAUCUAACAACAAAGGACGGAGUUGUGUCCGGUAAACUGACUUUGAGCCGUGAACCUGUUUUUGGUACAUGGACAAUUCAAGUUGAUGCUGUGAGGAAGGUAUUGAGAAAGAAUUUCGAAGUAAAUGACUAUGUUGUUCCCAGAUUUAGCGUACAGAUCACUUUACAAAAAGAAAUUCAGCAGACCAUGUCUUUUAUCGAAUUAUCUGUAAAGGCAAGAUUCACGUUCAAUAACGACGUGCUUGGUAAUUGUACAAUUCAAAUCUACAACAAAAACAAGCUCACCAAAUUCGUUGAAUAUUGGAAACAGAUAAGGGGAGAAGUCAAUUUUACAAUACCAAUGGCGGACUUGAGAAGAAAUCUAUCAGUUUACGACCCAAUAAUAGUUCGUGCCAUGGUGACGGAUAAUGCAACUGCUCUCACUAUCGCUGCAGAGGAAGAUCUGAAAUUUAGUUCAGAUUCUCACUCGUCUUCUUCUUUCACACAACAACAGACUAUUACUAUUACAAAGACAGACAAACGAGACACGUUCGUGCCUGGGUUAACAUAUCAUACAUCGAUAUUUAUUGGGCAUGAUGAUGAACCAGUCGGUACGUCGGGAAUUAUAAACGUUAUACCAACAGUGACAACCGCUGAAGUAAAACAAUGUAAUCUCAAUAACCCACCAACAAAGUGGCUUGAUAUACAGACUACUGUCAUGCAAAACUUCACUGUCACGUUUGACGAGUCCGGAUAUGGCGCUUUAAAUGUUCCAAUUAGCGUUCAUACUGAUAAAGUACAAUUCGAGUUAAUCUAUGGGUCGACACAGACGUACAUAGAGCUUUAUUCCGUCUCAAGCCAGCCAGUGCCAAUGCUGCGUAUGAAUGUCAAACAGAUUCAUGCACGUGUUGGUGAUAAUGUUACCAUAGUGACAGAAGCAACAGAACAGCUCAAUGGUUUGAUAUCAUACGAGAUAUAUGCUCGAGGAAUUUUGCGACAUACUUUCCUGAAUCGCCUAGUGAACACAAAGCGGACUUACAUAGAUUUGAAGAUAACUGGAGAUUUGGUACCACAAGCAUAUGUCGUUGCUACACAUCUUACAAGAGCUGGGCACCUGCUCUCAGAUUAUAUAAUGCUUAAAGUGGACGGAUCACCUUGUAAAAACAAAGUAUCUGUCACAUACAAUGCAACUUCACUAGAACCUAGACAAAAAUUGAAAAUUGACCUUCGUGCUGACCCAAACUCAACAAUUUACCUGAUGUUUGAAGAUGAAAAGAAUAGACUGAUAGGAACAGAGAACGAUAUUUUCUCGGAUGAGAUAACAGGGAAGGUACUUGCAUGGAAUCAAAAUAAAAAGAGUCAAAUAGGAAGAAAGAGGACGAUCAAAAAUGUUUCUUUGAAAGGAAAGCUGUUAAAUAGAUUUGGAAGGAAACUUUCUUAUAUCAAUUACAAACAUGGACAGAAAAAACUUUUCAAAAGAAAUAGCAAAACCUCCGCAGAAGAUAUCUAUCACGAAAGCGGUGUGGUGAUCCUCUCAAAUAUAGACAUGUAUCAGGAAAAAGACAGUACACAAUUACUAAUGUUCAACUAUGUUUUACCCCAAAAAUGUAUACAUAUUACAACAUUGCCACCCGUUACCUAUCCAUAUGGUGUGACGUAUGCUACAAAUUUUAUUCCAACUCAAGCUUUAGGUAUGAUUGUUUUUCUCUUUUUUCAGUUCACUUCUUUAAGAAUUCUUUUUAAACAGUCAUAUAUAAACGUAUUUAAGAAAGCAUUUUCUUAUGGAUAGCUGAAUAUGUCAAAUUUGACACAAGUUCAAUCUCAUUCACAUCAUAACUCUCUUUAGCAAGGUAGAAAGCACGUAGAGACGGAACAUAAA